AUGGAGGUCUGUCACACCGGGUUCUACACGGAGGACUUCAGCUCCCAGGAGGUACCGGCCGGGUUCGACUUUGGACCAUAUGACCGUCCUGGUGAAGACCUGUCCUUUCUGUUAGACAGUAACCCGUCCGGACCGCAGCAGUUCGGGCUGGACAGCAGCAGCUACCCAGAACCUCCGAAGGCCGCUCAUCUUUAUGACACCAAAGGGAGCGACACCAACCUCUUCAACCUAGACUCGUACCCGGACUUCACCUGGUGGAGCUCCUCCUACCCCCACGACGGACCGGACCAAACCGGGUACCUGGAGCCCCUGCAGACCUACCAGAACCUGCCAGCCCAGAACAAACAGUUCAGCCCGUCUGUGGAGGGGAGCCGCAGCCCAUUCCUGACCAAAGUCUUCAAAACUGAAAACGAUCAGAACUUCUGUGACUCAGAUGUGCAGAGACAAACCUCUUUCUGGUCCGAGUACCCCGGCUUCCCAGCCCCCCAUCCAGGACCGGGUCCCUCCAACCCGCCCCACCAGGCCGCAGACCCGUACUGCCCCCGUGUGGCCAAACGCAGAACCACCCCUCCUCAGAGACUGGAACGAGAGGGUCCGGUGACUGGGAUGUCAACUUAUCCGGGUUCUGGUCCGAUCCAGCUGUGGCAGUUCCUCCUAGAGCUCCUUCUGGACUCGGCCUGCAGAAACUUCAUCUCCUGGACGGGAGAUGGCUGGGAGUUCAAGAUGUCCGACCCAACAGAGGUGGCCAAGCGUUGGGGUCAGUGUAAGAACAAGCCGAAGAUGAACUACGAGAAGCUGAGCCGCGGCCUGCGCUACUACUACCACAAGAACAUCAUCCACAAGACGGCGGGCAAACGCUACGUCUACCGCUUCGUGUGCGACGUGCAAGGCAUGCUGGGAAAGACGGCGCAGGAGGUCCUGAGCGGCCUGAACGUCCCGCCCUCAGAGUCCUGGCGGCCCUCGGGGGCCGAACACGGCGCGGGGUCGUGGGGGUCGCAGUGA